AUGUACGUCAGACUUGCAGCGACUAAACACUACGGUCAUUGCUUGGUUAAGUUAGCCUCGUCCCGGGAGCAAUAUUACGCUGCAUUCAGCAGCCCCGCGGCUCUACCAGUGCCCGGAGCAAUAGACUUCCUCAGGAUGUCUAAGGAGCAGGUCUCAAUGUGGCCUAUCAGCCAGACAAAACCAAAACCCGAUCCGGUAUUCUAUUGGGACCUGGCGCAGUUUGGCGAGAUUUUCUACUGCACCGUGACCCCUAUCUCGUCU